AUGCAAUCGACACCUGCAUCCACGUACAAGUCAUUCGAGGGCAGAAUAUGUGCUCAAUGUCUACGAGGUGGCUUGACUCUUUCCGAGUCCCUACAUUACAUGUAUCGUCUGCACUCUGCAGACUUCAUUCCGAAGAGCGGUCAGCGGCCAUCGCUCCGAGACAUGCAUAUGGUCGGCACCAUCCGCCUGCGCCAACGAAUGAUUUUGAUUUACACAUGCACUUAUCUUCGUCUUUGCUUCUGGCCAUCUAGGGGUGGGUUGGAGUCUGGGACCUGUGGGUGGCUAUUCGAGGAGCUGCGGAGGUUGAGGACAGUGGUAGAGAGCUGCAACCGUAGCUGCAGCCUGGGCCGCGGUCUCGCGUCAACAUGGGUGACUUUGCUUGGAAGUCCAGGGGUCAACUCGAGAGUGUCGUCAACCUCCAUUCCGAGGCGUCUGCAUGUGCCGUACAACGUAUCAAAUCUCAACUUCAUCUAUUGCAUGUGGUCUUCCACCACCAUUCUUCGUGCUCAGUCUGCCCGGUCUGCCCGGUCUGACCUGUUUGCUGCCCCCCCUUACCAUUCCCUCUCGUCCUUUCUCAGCUCUGAACUUACGCAAGGCAGCUGCAUCCAUAUUCCUAGCGGCAGCAUGCGGUUUUGGACCGUUUUGGACCGUUUUGGCGAGCAGGCGGCAGGAAUCACAAUGCCGGAUGUCCAAGAGACUGAGGAAUGA